AUGCCGCACCGGUUGGACCAUGGACUACGGGCGGCACAGGAGGCCCUCUUGGCCAAGAUCACCAUCGUAGGAACAGGCCUGAUCGGCACUUCGUUGGCGCUGGCAUUGCGUCAGUCUGAACUGCGCAAUCUCGAGCUUGUCGGCACCGAUUAUGACAACGGCGCUCGUGGAGGGGCCCAGAAGCGCGGGGCCUUUGAUAAGGUGGAGAACCGGCUGUUUCCCUCCAUCGAGGGGGCCGACGUAGUGGUGCUGGCAACGCCGGUAAUGGCCAUGCGGGAUCUGAUGGAAUCGAUCGGCCCGCAUUUGCCGGAAAACGCGGUAGUCACCGAUGUGGGCAGCUCCAAGCGGACGGUAGUCGAGUGGGCCUCAGAGGUGCUGCCUGACCGGUCCCAGUUCGUGGGUGGACACCCCAUGGCCGGGCGGGAAACGCCUGGACCCGAACACGCCACGGCAGACCUGUUCACGGGCAAAGCCCUACUGUAUCGUCCCAAGCGCCCACGCCCGGGAACAGGCAGUAUCGACUUUUCAAAGAGCGCCAAUUGGGACGACAUAGCCCAGUUGGCUUCUUCCGGUUUUCGGGAUCUUUCGAGGCUGGCGUCUGGCGAUACCACCAUGCACCGGGAUAUCUCCAUUACUAACCGCGAGCCAAUAAUCAACUGGAUCGACUCGUUCAUACGAGAACUUUAUGAAAUCAGGAACAUUCUGAAAGACGAGUCUGGCCCCGACCCGGCUGAAGUUGAGAGAUUGUUCGAGACCGCCCACGACGAACGAGCCCGCUGGCUGUCCGGCUCAGUCACACCAGGUAGCCAGGCCCAGCGCAGCUCGCCGGAAAUUCCCACCUUCGGAGAAUCCAUGGGCGAGAUGUUCCUGGGCCGGAAAAGGCAUGGAGGCUCAGCGACGAUUAUUCCGGGGGGACGGAGACAAAGACCGUGA